AUGGUUCUCUCCUGGAUCAAUCGUUCUUUUUCACCACAUAUUGCUCAGAGCACCAUAUGUUUCGAUUCAGCUUUCGAUCUUUGGGAAGAUCUUCGCGAAAGAUUCACCAAGGGCAAUCAUUUUCGCUUCUCCGACCUUCUGCGCGAUCUUCACUCCAUCAAACAAGGUGACCACUCUCUUUCACAAUACUUUACGGAUCUGAAGAUUCUUUGGGAUGGGCUUGAAGACCUUCGUCCAACACCUUCUUGCUCUUGCAUCGUCCCCUUCACAUGUAACUUGGUCAAAGUCGUUCGCAUUUACAAGCACAUGGAGUAUGUUAUGGGCUUUCUUAAAGGCUUGAACGAUUCAUACCAUGACAUUCGCGCCCAAAUCCUCCUUCUUGAUCCUCUUUCUAACAUUAGUCGUGCAUAUUCCUUGAUUGCACAAAAACAAGUUGUUUUUCCUUCCCCCGUCAACACCACUCUCACUGUUCUUUAUUCCAACAAUUCCACCUACAUUGGUCGUGGACGAGGGAGAACUCAAACCAAAGGAUCGAUGUUAUACACCCACUACAACAAGACCACCCACACGGUGGAAUCCUGCUACUUCAAACAUGGUUUUACACCUGAGAAUCGUUUAAGGAACAAAAAAACUUCAGACUCCAAGCCUCUUCACAAUGCAGACAAGGAUGGAGUAAUCUCGAAGAAAGACUAUCAACACCUCUUUCUUCUUCUACAACGAUCCAAGAAGAAUGCUCAACAAUCCACUAAUGACAAGGGCCUUAGUUCUCACACCAUUUCAGGUAUUUUCAACAAAGGUACUGAUUUUAACCUGUCUUCCAUGUGGAUUCUUGAUAGGGGUGGCAAUUAG